ACUGUAAAGUGUCAUGGAACAAAUUGUCAUUCACUUGUGACAGGACCACAGUAGCACCAUGAUUACAUUCUUGCUCACAUUCUGUUCUUUGUUUCUGCUUUCUGAUGGAGCUGCAGAACUUCUAAAUAAUCCUGAUUUCGAAAGCACGUCCUUUUCUGGAAACUGGGUAUGCAAUGGAUGUACGUUGUCAAGCAGCACUGACAGUUUCCAUGGAAAUCGUAGCGGCAAGGUCACUCACAGAACACAUACUGGCGUUGGAUUGGGACAAACCGUGACUGUUUCGCCUGGUAACAUAUAUGUAUUUAGAGCCUACGUCAAAAUUCUCAACAUGGUCUCAGGUCACAUGUUUCACAACGUACAGCUGAGACUGAAAGGAACUGUUCACGGCCAUUCAAAGUAUGUUAAUGUCUCUAGCAACCCACAGACACGGCGAGAGAAUGGGUGGGUGGAAGUAGGUUUCGACUACAAUGUACCAUCAGGCAUGCACCAGCUUUCCAUUUUAUUUGUGAUCCCCGAGAUGCAGGUGAACUAUAUAGUGGAUGACGCAAGCUUUGAAGAACUUCCUUAUGACAGGAAUUGGAAAUCGGAAGCUAAUGCUAGGAUUGCCAGUUUACGUAAAGCUCCAAUUUCAGUCAAUUUUCAAAACCUCCAUGGUUCCGGGUAUACUGUUGAGAUUCAGCAGACAGGAAGUAAAUUUGCAUUCGGCUCGGUUGUGGAUGCUUCCAUGAUCGUUGAUUCAGUACACCAUCCAUACCAACAAUUCUACUAUGACAACUUUGAAUGGGGAGUGUUGGGAAACGCUCUGAAGUGGCCGCAAACGGAACCGGUUCAUGGACAUCCAAAUCUAGACAAAGCUAUGACUGCCGUGAAUGCCCUUCGAGCCAAAGGGAAGAAAGUGCGCGGACAUAACAUGUUCUGGGGUACAGGUAAAACUCACCCGAGAUGGCUCAACGGCAUGAACUCAAGUGAAAUAAUACAGUCCAUGCACACACAUAUCAACGACGUCAUAUCGCAUACAAGGGGAACCCUGGAACACUGGGACGUUUACAAUGAGAACCUUCACGGGAUGUACUUUGAAGAACAUACAGGUCACGUGAAUAUCACUAAGGAGAUGUUUUACUGGAUCCAUCACGCCGAGCAUGGUGUGAAGUUAUUCCUCAAUGACUACGCUGUGGCAUCGCCGGGGUCCAUGACAACUGCCUAUAAAAAGCAAGCGGCUACUCUGAAGAAAGCUGGGGUGCCAAUCUACGGUAUUGGUAUCCAGUGUCAUACUAAUGCACAUCUAAAUAUAUCCGCGUUAAAGUAUCGGUUAGAUAAGGUAGCAGAGACUGGUCUUCCUAUCUGGAUCACAGAGUUCACGGUGAAUGAGGUCGAUGAAGUACUGAAGGCCAACGCCCUUGAGGAUAUGUUGACGUUGUUCAUCAGUCACCCGGCUGUGGAAGGCGUUCUACUCUGGGGAUACUGGGACGGCCGUAUUUGGAUACACGACUCGGCCUUGGCUACUGGACACGAUGUGACGCCCAACGAAGCAGGGAGACGCUAUCUCCAGCUGUACCACAACACCUGGCGUACAAACGAAUCUAUACCUGUAACCGGAAAUUACGUGUACACAUCUGGUUUCAUGGGAGAUUACACUCUUCGUCUUAAACACAAUGGCCACUUGGUUCGAACCCAACACUUUACACUGGACAAUGGUGGGAACACUGUCAAAGUCAAUAUGCCAUAAGUAUGUUUCCUUUUACAGUCUGUCCGUUGUUUACAUAAAUACACAUCAAUUGUGUUUUUAUUUCAUUCCAACAUAUGAAACGUAAGCGGAGAUAUAAAUGUCAAUCCAUUGUACAGAAGGCGAUGAUAAGCCACUGGACUCGUUUUUCAGAUUAGUAGAAUAUAAAUAUUUAGAUCGGCACACUUGUUAAAGGACAAUUAUGUCAAGUUAGUGGAUUGUACAGAGGAUAGACAUAAGCACAUUUCAAAACCAAUUGCAAAUUUAACCAUUCAUUUUCAUUUUCAAUAGAACCAGGACCGUAUUACUAAAAUGAUGUUCCCUUUUUUUACAGAUUGACCACGGUGUCUGCACGCUUUAUGAUGACUGGUUUCACGGGUGUUAAUAAAUUCUUAAUAUGAGAAUCA